CUCACACAGACUCCAGACCCGAGCUUGCGCGCUGGGCUGGUGCGACGGGUCCUGCCACUUGCGGUCUUGCAGGGCAGGGGCCGGGGACCCGAGGGCGUGGGGCAGAUCGGCGCCACAGGUAGGGAAAGCCUGAGCAGCCUUCCCCAUGACUGUUGUUCAGUGAAGCCCGGCUGAGCCCGCAUUUGGCGCUUGCGUGGAAGGUUAGCUCCAAGUUCCAAGGCUUGAGGGAAAGGGCUGGAGCCUCUGAAACCUGACACCCAGCCUUCUCCCGAGGGAAACUUCGCAGACUGGGCCACCAAGACCAUCACUAUGACCGAUGGGGACUAUGAUUAUCUGAUCAAACUCCUGGCCCUUGGAGAUUCUGGGGUGGGGAAGACAACCUUUCUUUAUCGAUACACAGAUAAUAAAUUCAAUCCUAAAUUCAUCACAACAGUAGGAAUAGACUUUCGGGAAAAACGUGUGGUUUAUAAUACACAGGGACCAAAUGGAACGUCAGGGAAAGCAUUUAAGGUGCAUCUUCAGCUUUGGGACACUGCAGGACAAGAGCGAUUCCGGAGUCUCACCACUGCAUUUUUCAGAGAUGCCAUGGGUUUCUUAUUAAUGUUCGACCUUACCAGUCAACAGAGCUUCUUAAAUGUCAGAAACUGGAUGAGCCAACUGCAAGCAAACGCUUAUUGUGAAAAUCCAGAUAUCGUCUUAAUUGGCAACAAAGCAGACCUGCCAGACCAGAGGGAAGUCAAUGAAAGGCAAGCCCGAGACCUGGCUGAGAAAUACGGCAUACCAUAUUUUGAAACAAGUGCAGCGACUGGCCAGAAUGUGGAGAAGGCUGUGGAAACCCUCCUAGACUUAAUAAUGAAGCGAAUGGAACAGUGUGUGGAGAAGACCCAAGUCCCUGAUACUGUCAAUGGUGGAAACUCUGGAAAACUUGAUGGGGAAAAGCCAACAGAGAAGAAAUGUGCCUGCUAGUUCUCCCUUUUAAGUGAUCAUCAAAAACCUCACCCAAAUACUACUUCUCCAAACAGUGACAAACCACAGAAUUUCUGUUAAGUAGACUAUGUAUAAUGGCAUGUACUUUAUAUAUAUUUUUUCUGCCAGAAUCUCAAUUUUAUAAAACAAGUGUAGUCCACAGUGUUUUAUAGAAUUGAUCUGUUGAUUUGACUGUAAGGACCCUCCAAAGAAAAGCAAAGAUCCUAAUGUGAUCUUACCAUCACAGAUAACCAAUUUUUUUUCCAUAUAAAGAAGAUGCGUAUAUAAAGGGACAUACAGAAAGAAAUAGCAGUGAAUUUCAAAUAUGAAGCAAAAUUACCUUCUCACAUGGGGAGUGGGAUUUGUUUCUAAAUGGAGAGCAUGGUUGAUUUUUAAAGUUUGAUUUGCCCGCUAUAUGGAAUCAGAAUUAUGUAUCAGGAGAAACACAUUCAUUAAACUACAUCUACAGGAACAAAUUCUUAAUGGUUCACUAAGAUAUUCCUGUGCUUAAAUGACAAAAUUACUGAUAAGGUUAUCAGAGCAAAUGUCAGAUUCUGCUAAAAUGUAAGAGAUUGUGUGCUGAUGUCAUUUUUUUAUAUUCACAAUAAAUGAUACAUAAACAAAAACAAGACUAGGUGAAUGACACAGUAUAAGAAAAUAUUCCUGGGACAAAAAGUGAAAGUAUGGGAAUAUGCCAUAUGGGCAACUGGAAUUGUAUGUAUCUAUUACAAAAUCUUUAGAAGAGCUACUAAGCCAAAUUCCACUCAAGCCAAGUAGAAGACAACAUUAUUAACUAGGAUUAAGAAACUCUCUGAAGGUUUCUAUUUCAAACAAAAUUUAGAGACAAAUUAAUGUUUUCUUCUCUUUUUUUCAUAAAUGUAUCAUUUUGUAAAUCACUGACUUCAGAACAAUGAUGGAUCAAUUUUAUAAUCACUCUGAAUUUACCUGUCUUAACUCACAUAAAAAUUGAUGCUAUUCAUGCUGCAUUAUAAUAUAUUUAGUUUUUUUUCUUAUUUUGCUUAAAAUAAAAUCCCCAUGGUUGAAUUAUAUUUGGGGGUUGGGCAGAGAUAGAAUUAUAAAUAAUCUUACCAAAAGUUUAGUUAAUUGCUUUAUUUUUUGCAUAAAACUGCUAUUCUCUUUCUAAAAAUGAACACAAAUCUAUUUUUCAUUAGUCUUUUGUUACUAUGUCUGAACUACUAUAUGUUUUUAACUUUAUGUGUAAUAAGCAUAAGCCACUCCUGUUAAACUAUUACCUAGAUAUUUCAAUCUACUUUAUCAAAACCAAAGGCAUUGUAUUUCAAGUUUCUCCUUUUUAUUAUUAGUAUAUGAGUUUUCAACAAGAUGUGUUUCCUCUUCCUAUAAACUUUUUGCCAGUUAGAUUUUAUUUUUCCAUACUCUGAACAUAUUUUUAAAAUCCUUUGAAGCUCUAUACCCUAUUGAUGUCUUUAACCUUCUUCUGCCAUUCUCCAUGUAGUAUUAUUUCUAAGUCUACAUAUCCAUGAAAUUGUCUAUAUGAAAUAAGCAAAUCCACUUUCUUAAAAUCUACAUUAUAGUACCACUAUCUUAAGAUCUAUCAUGGUUGGUAAUUUCAUUCAAUAAUGUUUUCCUCUAUAGUCAUCUUCAUGAGCAAAGAACCUACACCAUAAGAGUGAAAAGUUAUUAGGAAACAUCAAAGAUGUUUCUUCUAAAAGUAAGACAAAAACAGAAACAAUAUGACCACUGCUGUGAUAAAAUUUGGUGAGCAUUUUGGUCAUUACAUUAAUGUCUUAUUUGAAUUCCAAUUGUGAUGUCCCCUACCUUUCCCUAAUAGGAAGAUUUAACCUUUAUAGACUCUUAAAGUUUACUCUACUCUCCUCUGUUCAUUUUCCAGUUAUAUUGCUGAUUUAUUUAUGCCAAAAUUCUGUCAUCAUCAGUUACUUAACAAGCAUCAAUUCAGGAUCUGAUUUAAGAAGAUUUGAUGACUAUAGCAUGAAACAGAGAGUGUUGAUACCCACACUUAAAGAACUAUGCCUUAAAAACAGCAAUUAUUGGGUAGUCUCAAGGAGAAUAAAAUUUAAAUCAUAUAAGAAAGUUAAUUUAAGUUCAGGGUUGUCUGUAAUUCACAACUUCUCUCUUUUAAUUUUAUUUAGUUAUUAUUUGAUAGAGACAGAGAAAUUGAGAGGGGAAGAGGAGAUAGAGAAGGAGAGAAACAGAGAGACACCUGCAGCUCUACUUCACUUCUUGUGAAACUUUCCCCCUGCAAGUAGGGAGCAGAGGCUUGAACCCAGGUCCUUGAGCACUGUGAUGUGUGUGCUUAACCAGGUGCGCCACCACCUGCCCCCCAUAGUUUUAUCUUUGUAGCUUUGUCUGAUCAGGUGGAUCCCUCCUGAAAAAGAAAAUUACUCUGUUUAUGAAUACACAUUUAACCUAAAAAAUUUUCUCUGUCAAAUUUUAUCUCUUACCUUGUGUUAGAUAUAAAUUAGAUAUAAUCAUUACUUGAAAUUCCAUCUCUCAUUAUUUCAGAACUUUUUUUUUUUAUAUAAUUCAAACUGACCUGGGUCCAUGAAGGGCAUGGGUUGUUUUAAACAAUUAUAUGUUUUUUUUUAACCCAUAACUGUGCAUAUUUAACCAUAGUAUAUUUGGUUACUAGUAAAAUCCCUGUUCGUUAGUAAAUAACAUUGUAUUCUGGUGAAAUAUUGAAACCAUACGUGAAAUUCUUUUUGGAAAGAGAAACUAUUUCUAGACUGUUUACACUGGUUUUGAUGUUUACAUUGCUUUAACACAGUGCCUCAGACACCUCUGUGAACAAAUUUGUCUUCAACUAUGUAGCUCCUUUCCUAUAAUAACAAAUAAUAGGAAAUUCUCACAGAGAUAUUAACAGAGCUAACAAGGUUUUGAUUUCUUCAGCAAGGAUGUAAGGUUGUCAGAAUCUAGAGGUCUAUUAUUAGCAUUUCCGCGUCUCCAGGUCACUUCCUAUGGAGUAGGCAUUACUUGAGACUUGUAACUGUGAUUUGGUACAUGGCUACCUUUUAACAUUAAAAAACAAACAAAAAAAUUAAACUGUAUCAAAAAUUGUUGAGAGAAUGCAAUGUUUGUGUUGGUAUGAAGUGGUAUCAAGUCAGGAGUUGACAAAGAAUGAUAAGUACUGAGAAUUGAACUUGGAGGGUUUCCACAUUAGAAGUCUAAACUUCUUUCACAAACUUACCACCUCUAUGUGAGGAACUAUUAUGCUGAAAAAGAAAUCCAUGACCAUCAUUUUCCUAAAGUACAUCUUUUACCUGCCGUUUUUCACCAUGGUUGUUAUGAUUCUUUGCCUGCCUACACAGGUAGAAUAAGCAGGGCAAGAACAGUAAUCAUUUUUCUUUGUUGUUUGUAUAAGAAAGAAAAGCUUGACCAUUGAAAAGGCCAUGGCUACAUUAAAAAUAACUUAAUAGACAUCAAUUCAACUAAUUUAGGAAUGCUAAAAUAUUCUUGAAAAAGUGGAAUCAACACAAGUGAAGUGCAUAUAUAUAUUCUGAACAAUGGAGUAAUGCAGCAAUUAGGGCAACAAUGUGUCUAAUACAAUGUAUACCUAGGUAUACAAUAGUACUUGGGAACUUCUGUCUGUGAAACAAGAGCGCCUGUUUUUCUCUAUUUACUUUUAAUACGAGAUAUACAUGCUCUCUUUACUGUGUAUCACUAACACUUUCAGGGAAAAUCCUUAUCCCUAAAGAAUUAUGAAGUUAAAAUCCAAAGGUCAAACUGUAAAGAGUUAGUAUUGAUUUUGCUGCUUUUCUAGAAACGAACUCAUCAAAAGGGUAUCUGAGAACUGCUAUUAGCUAAAUGGAAUGUUGUUUCCCCUAUCUACUACCAAGCUUUAAAGCAUGAAAAUAAACAAUAUAUUUGAGUAUUUUAGGGAAAGUGUUAUCUUUAAAUAUGCCAAGCUGCUGUCUAUGCCAGAGGAGAUUGCCUAAGAAUUUAAGAUAAAUUAUAUUUUCUUCUUUAUUUUUACCAAAAUGAGACAAACUUAUGGGGGAAAUGCUUGCUUAGAUCUUACACGUGAAGAAUAGGUAGUAAAUAUUAUCUGAGAUGAGUGAUAUCUUGAUGUUUUAUAAAUCCAUGGAAAUACUUUACUCAAAGUAUAAUAAGGAAAAAAAAUUUAGUGUGUAGAAAAUUUUAUAAAUGUAUGCCUUAGUACUUUGGGUGGAAACCCAGCCACAGAGACAUUGUUGAGUAAGAGUUAAGAAUUAAAUUGUUAGCUAAAUACAGUUCUUAAAUAUUGGUAAAGCAUGGAGACCAAACUUACAUAGCUGACUUUAAGAGAGUAGUGCUCUUAAAAGAAUCAUGUUUUGUAACUAGAUCCAUGGCAAAUAUUUGUCUUUUUAUCUGUCAAGUAGAGGGGUAUGCCUUUAAGAACUAAGCGAAUGUAAAAAAUUGAAAUACCAGAUAUUUUAUUACAGGCAUCGGAGUUUUUGAGACUUAGAAACAUUUUAUUUACCCCAUACUCAAAAAAAAAAUCUUUUUUAUUAAUUUUUCAAGAAGCCUCCAAAGAAAAUUUUUUCCACAGGUUUCUUUUUACCAGCCAUCAAUGGUUGAGAUAUUUUCUAAUUACACAUAUAGACAGAACAAAAAGCAAACAAAAAUAUUAAUGUCAAAACGGUGGGACUAUUUAAGAGGUGUCAUCAGUGGGGGGGGUGUAAAUACACAAUGGGAUUAUAAAUUCAUUUAAAUUUGUUUCCUGACUCCUUUCUAACAGAUCAUGGAAAUAGUGGCUAAUUGUCCUUAGCUGACAUCUUUAAGAUUCAUUAGCAAAUUCUAUAGGAGCCAGCAUGUCUGUCCUUAGCUUAAUAGAUCCCGUAUUUAACCAGAGGCUGUUGUCCUUAAGUCUGUUGGCAUGCCAAAAAGUGUUUGUCCUUAGCAGAGUAAUAACAUUCUUAUUUUUAUUCUUCUAUUCACUGGGUUAAUUUUCAAAUGCUCUUUGGGAGGAAGCCUAGUAUUGUAGAAAGGACAGUUGUAAGAAAGAACAAAUUGGGAAGCCAAAGUAUGUAUGUCAUUCAAUAUCUUAGUGGCUGUUAUUUGGAGCUAAUGAGCCUUCUGUGCCUCACAGGGUUGUGGAAGGAUCAUAGGAGAACAUAUAAAAAUUUGGUUUGUAAAUUAUUUGAUUUCAUAAAUCACAUCACCACAAGCUAAGAGAUAAUAAAAAUCAUAGUCAUAAUCAUAAAUAGCUUGCAAAACUUAUCAUAGCAGGGAUAAAAUAUUAAUUUUUGAAGAUUUAUUAUAAAAGUUGUAAAAGAGUAGUAAUUCCAGAUCAUCAUAUAUUAUUGAAAGUAUUUCAUGUAUUUUAAGUUAUUGAAGAAACGUGUGAGUUCUAUCUCAUUUUGUAUGUCACCUUGUAUUUCUUUCAAGGAGUCCAAGUGCAUUCUAGGUAGUAUUUUACAACUUGAUCAAAAAUCCUCCUUGUACAAAUAGAGUUCAUUUUCCAUAGUCACAAAUGUAAAAGAUACUGUACCUGAAAUUAUUUAAGAAAAGUAAGUUAUCCUGCUUCAUGUGUGAGAGGUAGGCAACGCUCUGGCAUUACAUGGGAAUGCUUCAUUGUAUCCCAACAAGCUACCUUUAAAGGAUAUUGUCCUCAUUUUUAGGCCUAAGCACAUUUGGUUGUGUUGUCUGUCAUUUGCACAGAUCUCUGUUUUGUCUAGUACUCUGAAUGUCACUUAAAAUGUUUAUCAUGGAGUUUUUAUUCUAUAUGCCCUUGAAUAAACUGUGGUGCCUGACAAACACUGUCAGUUCAUUAUUUUAUUGUACCAAAGUUUUAGUGGUUUCAGAAAUCAUAGCAUCCAAUGAUUUUGUGUUGUCUUGGAUUUGAAUACUAUGAUUGAGAAUUGUACUCGGUGUUUCUGCACACUUUUCAAAUAAAAUGCAUUUUUAUCGAUUAAA